AUGGCUUGCGUCGCCUUGAUUUCCCUGCUGAGCUUGUUCGGGAGGUACGAGAUCCGCCGGGACGGGUUUGUGCUGGGGAGGCACGUGGCAGGGAAAAGCAACGGGUUCGAGCACGUCAGCAUGCUGGUCAUCCUCCUGAACUGCGUCACCCUGGGCAUGUUCCAGCCCUGCGAGGACGUGGAGUGCCAGUCGGAGCGGUGCACCAUCCUGGAGGCAUUUGACGACUUCAUUUUCGCUUUCUUUGCGGUGGAGAUGGUCAUCAAGAUGGUGGCUCUGGGGAUCUUCGGGCAGAAGUGUUACCUUGGAGAUACGUGGAAUCGCCUGGACUUCUUCAUCGUGAUGGCGGGCAUGAUGGAGUAUUCUCUGGACGGACACAACGUGAGUUUGUCUGCGAUCCGCACCGUCCGGGUACUUCGGCCGCUACGAGCCAUUAACAGGGUCCCGAGUAUGCGAAUACUCGUCACCCUGCUGUUAGAUACUCUGCCUAUGUUAGGCAACGUCCUCCUCUUGUGCUUCUUUGUCUUCUUCAUCUUUGGGAUUGUCGGUGUGCAGCUCUGGGCAGGGCUGCUGAGAAACAGGUGUUUCCUAGACAGGAAUUUUGCAAUGACGUACAACCUGACCUUCCUGCAUCCGUACUACCAGACAGACGAAGCGGAGGAGAACCCGUUCAUCUGCUCAUCGCAUCGUGAAAACGGCAUGCAGAAAUGCUCCAACAUCCCACCAGGAAGGAGUACAAGGUGGAUAAACUGGAACCAGUAUUACAACGUAUGCAUGGCAGGGGAUGUAAACCCACACAACGGAGCUAUCAAUUUUGAUAAUAUUGGAUAUGCCUGGAUAGCUAUUUUUCAGGUUAUAACCCUGGAAGGAUGGGUUGACAUCAUGUAUUAUGUGAUGGAUGCACAUUCUUUUUACAAUUUUAUAUAUUUUAUAUUGCUUAUAAUAGUUGGUUCCUUCUUCAUGAUUAACUUGUGCCUGGUUGUGAUAGCAACACAGUUUUCUGAAACAAAGCAGCGGGAGAACCAGCUGAUGCAGGAGCAGCGGGCCCGUUAUCUCUCCAAUGACAGCACAAUUGCUAGCUUCUCAGAGCCAGGUAGCUGCUACGAGGAGCUGCUCAAGUACAUCUGCCACAUCUUCAGGAAGGUGAAACGGCGGACAAUACGCCUGUACAAUAACUGGCAGAGUAAACGCCGGAAAAAAGUUAACCCAAACAGCACCACGAAUGGGCAAAGCCACCGAAGCAAAAAGCACAUCACCUCCAUACACCACCUCAUCCACCAUCACCAUCACCACCACCACCACCACUAUCACAUCAGCAAUGGGAGCCCUCGAGGGCUGCGCUCCAACCCUGAGAUCUGCAACCUGGAACUCAAGGUCAUGAAACCUGGAGGUCAAUUGAUGCUUCCUUCUCCAUCACCCAACUUGCAAAGCCCUGCUCCUCCUCCAGAUGCGGAGUCUGUGCACAGCAUUUACCAUGCAGACUGUCAUGUCGAAGGACCCCAAGUGAACUGUAAGUCUUCCAAUGCCCCUGCAAGCAUUAAACUGACUGCUGGACUCUCCAACCAUGGCAACAUGAACUAUCCUACCAUCCUGCCUUCUCCAACUAGCAAAGCUGGUUCUGUUCCCGUUCCCAAAGGGAAAAAGAAUGGCAAUUCACCUGUGGCAGUGGUUAAUAGCCCUGUAAAUUUGGGCACAGAUUCUUAUGGGAGGCUGCAGCAACUGGUAGGAGAGCAUGCCUUCUGCGCCAGCCUCCUGGACGACCCCGAGUUCGCCUUCAGCGAGUCCGACAGCUGCGACUCCGACAGCAAUGGCGUCUACGAGUUCACCCAGGACCUGCGGCACGGCGACCACAGAGACCAGCUCCAGCAGCAGAGGGGCAGGAGGAGGAGGAAGAAGAAGAAACCUAAGGAGAGGAACAAGCUCACCCGGCUGUGGAAGGCUUUUGGCAGCAAGCUGAAGAGGAUCGUGGAGAGCAAGUACUUCAACCGGGGGAUUAUGAUAGCCAUUCUCAUCAACACGCUGAGCAUGGGCAUCGAGUACCACGAGCAGCCGGACGAGUUGACCAACGCCUUGGAGAUCAGUAACAUCGUCUUCACAAGCAUGUUUGCCCUGGAGAUGCUCCUGAAGCUCCUUGCUUUUGGUCUCUUCGGCUACAUCAAGAACCCGUACAACAUCUUUGAUGGGAUCAUAGUUGUCAUCAGCGUCUGGGAGAUCAUUGGGCAGUCGGACGGAGGCCUCUCUGUGCUCCGCACUUUUCGGCUGCUGCGGGUGCUGAAACUGGUGCGUUUCAUGCCCGCCCUCCGUCGCCAGCUGGUGGUCCUGAUGAAGACAAUGGACAACGUGGCCACCUUCUGCAUGUUGCUGAUGCUCUUCAUCUUUAUCUUCAGCAUUCUUGGCAUGCAUCUUUUUGGAUGCAAGUUCAGCCUGAAAACUGAUACAGGAGACACAGUUCCAGACAGAAAGAAUUUUGAUUCCUUACUUUGGGCCAUUGUGACCGUAUUUCAGAUCCUCACUCAAGAGGACUGGAACGUGGUCCUGUACAAUGGGAUGGCAUCUACAUCCUCAUGGGCAGCACUCUACUUUGUGGCCCUGAUGACCUUCGGCAAUUAUGUGCUCUUCAACCUUCUCGUGGCCAUUCUGGUAGAAGGCUUCCAGGCAGAGGGUGAUGCCAACAGGUCAGACACAGAUGAGGACAAGACAUCUGCCAACUUCGAUGAUGAUUUUGAGAAGCUAAAAGACCUCCGAGCAACAGAGAUGAAGAUGUACUCCCUUGCUGUCACCCCGAAUGGACACCUGGAGGGCAGGGGAAGCAUGCCACCUCCUAUAAUCAGGCGCCCCCCUGCCACACCAAUGCCCACACCAAAGUGUUCCCCACACAUGGAUUCAGUGCACACUUUUGUGGACUCGAGGAGAGGGAGUAACGCUUCACUGGACCCCUUGAGCUACGAUCAGAAGUCCUUGUCCAGCCUCCGCAGUUCCCCUUGUGCCAACUGGGGCACCAGCAGCAACUGGGGAAGCCGACGCUCCAGCUGGAAUAGCCUGGGCAGAGCCCCAAGCCUCAAGAAGAAGAACCAGUCAGGUGAAAGAGAGUCCUUGCUCUCCGGGGAGGGGAAAGGCAGCACAGACGAUGACUCCGAUGACGCCAAGUCCAGCACGGUCAGCAGACCCUCGUUGCACCGCCGGGCAGAGUCUCUGGACUACCGCAGCUCCCUGGACUUGCCUGAGCUGCUCCAGUUGCCGACCAUGCGCCACUCGCUCAGUAUCAGCCCCGUGGCCGUUCUGCCUGCUGAGUACCAAGACUGCAACGGCAAGAUGGUUCACGUCCCCAGCGAGUUCUUCCUGCGUGUCGACGGCCACAAAGAGGAUGCCAUGGACUAUGAGGAUGACAUGGAGGAUAGUUACUGCUACCGAAUUCGUAAAGUCCUGGAGCCCUACAAACCACAGUGGUGCAAGAGUCAUGAAGACUGGUCCCUCUACUUGUUUUCCCCACAGAAUCGGUUCCGAGUGAUGUGCCAGAAGGUCAUUGCUCACAAAAUGUUUGAUCACGUGGUGCUGGUCUUCAUAUUUCUGAACUGCAUCACUAUAGCACUGGAGCGACCAGACAUAGACCCACACAGCACAGAAAGGAUAUUCCUAAGUGUGUCUAAUUACAUCUUCACUGCAAUCUUUGUGGCUGAAAUGAUGGUUAAGGUGGUAGCUCUUGGCUUUUUCUCUGGGGAGAACACCUAUCUGCAGAGCAGCUGGAACGUCCUGGAUGGAGUCUUGGUCUUUGUAUCUAUCAUUGACAUUAUUGUCUCCAUGGCAUCAGCAGGCGGAGCUAAGAUUCUGGGCGUCCUUCGCGUUUUGAGACUUCUGCGGACCUUGAGACCUCUCCGAGUCAUCAGCAGAGCCCCGGGUCUGAAGCUGGUGGUAGAAACCUUGAUCUCCUCCUUGAGGCCUAUUGGGAAUAUUGUUCUCAUCUGCUGUGCUUUCUUCAUUAUCUUUGGGAUUUUAGGGGUCCAGCUUUUUAAAGGCAAGUUUUACUACUGUGAUGGCUCUGAUGUAAAAAACAUCACUACGAAGACUGACUGCACUAACGCACGCUACAGAUGGGUUCGGCGGAAGUACAAUUUUGACAAUUUGGGACAGGCCCUCAUGUCCUUGUUUGUCCUCUCCUCCAAAGAUGGCUGGGUGAACAUCAUGUACGAUGGCUUGGAUGCCGUGGGUAUUGACCAACAGCCCAUCCAGAACCAUAACCCUUGGAUGCUUCUCUACUUCAUCUCCUUCCUGCUCAUCGUCAGCUUCUUCGUGCUCAACAUGUUUGUAGGGGUGGUGGUGGAGAACUUCCACAAGUGCCGACAGCACCAGGAGGCGGAGGAGGCCCGGCGUCGGGAGGAGAAGCGCCUGAGACGCUUGGAGAAAAAGCGCAGGAGUAAGGAGAUAUACCUGUCUGAAGCCCAACGCAGGCCUUACUACGCUGACUAUUCCCCAGCGCGGAAGUACAUUCACACCCUCUGCACCAGCCACUACCUUGACCUCUUCAUCACAUUCAUCAUUGGAGUCAACGUCAUCACUAUGUCAAUGGAGCACUACAACCAGCCAAAGUCCCUGGAUGAAGCCCUGAAGUACUGCAACUAUGUGUUCACCAUAGUUUUUGUGUUCGAGGCAGUGCUGAAGUUGGUGGCGUUUGGGUUUCGAAGGUUCUUUAAGGACAGGUGGAAUCAGCUGGAUUUGGCCAUAGUUCUCUUAUCAAUUGUGGGAAUCACGCUGGAGGAAAUUGAGAUGAAUGCUGCACUGCCCAUCAAUCCCACAAUAAUACGCAUCAUGCGGGUGCUGAGAAUCGCAAGAGUGCUGAAACUGCUUAAAAUGGCCACGGGGAUGCGAGCUCUCCUGGACACAGUGGUACAAGCACUUCCCCAGGUAGGGAACCUUGGCCUACUUUUUAUGCUCCUGUUUUUUAUCUAUGCUGCCCUGGGAGUGGAAUUGUUUGGCAAGCUAGACUGCAGUGAAGAAAAUCCUUGUGAAGGUCUGAGCCGGCACGCAACUUUCACCAACUUCGGCAUGGCCUUUCUCACCCUCUUCAGGGUGUCAACAGGGGACAACUGGAAUGGUAUCAUGAAGGACACCCUCCGGGAAUGCACUCGGGAAGACAAGCACUGCCUCAGCUACCUGCCUGUCAUCUCUCCUGUCUACUUCGUCACCUUCGUCCUCAUCGCGCAGUUCGUCCUGGUCAACGUAGUGGUGGCAGUGCUGAUGAAGCACUUGGAGGAGAGCAACAAGGAGGCCAAGGAGGAUGCUGAGAUGGAUGCUGAGAUUGAGUUGGAGAUGUCCAGAGGAGCAACCACCUCAGCCACCAGUGGGAGCAGGGGAGGUGCAGUGGCCCCAGAGAGCAGAGCACCCUACAGGAGUCAGGAGACCGUGAAGUCCGAGUCAGCGGUGCAGGUGAAGCACCAAACCCUGGGCAGCGCAGCCUCUCUGAGGCCACAGGACUCUCAAAACCUGCUGACGGUCCGCAAGAUCUCCGUUUCCCGUAUGCACUCCUUGCCCAACGACAGCUACAUGUUCCGCCCGGUGAUGCCAGCGAAAGCCCCUUUCCCCCUCCACGAGGUGGAGAUGGAAGCGUAUCCCUGCAAAUCCCAAAGAGGGUCCAUCACCUCCAUCCGCUCCCAGCCUGUGGGAACGUGCUCCUCUCUGAGAGUCCCGACGGACCCCCUGCCGCUGGCAGUCCAUUCUCCCCACCACGAAGGCCGACGCCGCUGGAAGAUCCUUCCACCCCACGUCACACCUCGAUCUCCUACUCUCAACAAGCUGCUGUGCAGACAGGAGGCCAUUCAAACGGACUCCGUGGACGCGCAGACUCCGGACUGCAAGGACAUCCCGCAGGCAGAGCCUGGAGAGAAGCUACCGUCAGCCAAGCAGCCCCAGAGCACCUUCACCCCCAGCCCGCUCCAUCCCAUGGCUGCCUCCCUCCCGGGGGAGCGCUCGGACGCUGGGAGCCGCUCGACUUCGCCGUACGUCUCCCCGGCCCCGUCUCCAGUGCCCCUCAAGAACUGCAGCACAGCCAGCCUCUCCAGGGGCAGCGGCAAGGAGAAGGACUUGAAGAAGUUUUACAGCAUUGACACGAAGGGCUUCCUCAACAAGCCCAGCUGGGCAGACGACCAACGGCGGCACUCCAUCGAGAUCUGCCCCUCCAUCAGCGAUGGCGACUGCAGCUUUGAGGACAGCGCUGAGGAAAAGCCGCGGUCCCCUGCCCGCAUCCAGGCAGAGUCCGAGUACAUCCACGGAGCCCGGAGGAAGAAGAAGAUGAGUCCGCCCUGCAUUUCUAUAGAUCCUCCCAUGGAGGACGACGGCGGGGCGGCCUCGCGCACCAAACCCUCCGAGAACAGCAUGCUGCGGCGAAGGACCCCGUCCUGCGAGUUCCCGGCUUACCGAGAGUCCCUGGAGCUCGCGGAGAGCCAGCCCGGGGAACCGGCCUCCAAAGCGGAGCGCCGGGGCCAGCCCCCGUGCCGCGGGGAGCACCUGACCAUCCCCAACUUUUCCUUCGAGCAGUCGGACGGGCCGCAGAUCGUCGUGAGCGUCUACGGACCCGACUUCUUCGGACACGACGUGGUGAGGGGUUACGGAGCCGUUCAUGUUCCCUUCACGCCCGGGCGGCACACAAGAACCAUCGCUAUGUUUGUUCCAGAGUCCACAUCUAGGCUGCAGAAGUUUACAAGCUGGUUCACAGGGAGACGUCCAGAAUUUACUGACCCCAGGGUGGUAGCACAGGGCGAAGGAAGAGAAGUAACGAGGGUGCGAUCUCAAGGCUUCGUGACCAUUUCCUUCAACGUAGUGACCAAAGAUAUGAAGAAGCUGGGCUACGACGUGAGCCCGAGCGACGUGCAGAACCUUUCUCUGGCGCCUGUGACAGAAGGGAUCCAUAAGUACUGA